AUGAAGCCUAGUGUGGACCUUAGAAGGGAGGAUGUAAGUGGAUGGAAGCUUCAUGAUUUAGAAUUGGGCGAAACGAUAGGCACAGGAACCUUUGGUCGUGUUCGCCUUUGUAGGCACAAGUCAUCUGGGAGAUACAUGGCUCUAAAAAUACUCAAAAAACAGGAGGUACUCCGUAUGAAGCAAGUUGAACAUAUUUUGGCGGAGUCGAGUAUAUUACAAGAACUCAAUCAUCCAUUUAUUGUAAAUAUGUUCAAGGGUUUUAUGGACGAUGACAGAUUGUAUCUUCUUCUUGAAUUUGUGGCAGGUGGUGAACUUUUUACUCAUUUGCGAAAGGCAGGAAAAUUUCCCAACGAUGUGGCAAAGUUUUACUCGGCAGAGGUGAUUUUGGCAUUUGAGUAUCUUCACAGCUGCGGAAUUGUGUACCGCGACCUAAAACCGGAAAACUUGUUAUUGGAUGAACAAGGGAACAUUAAAAUUACCGACUUUGGGUUUGCUAAGCGUGUGAGCGAACGCACUUUUACACUGUGUGGUACCCCAGAGUAUCUGGCUCCGGAAGUGAUUCAAAGUAGAGGCCAUGGUAAAGCUGUAGAUUGGUGGGCGCUUGGCAUUUUAUUGUAUGAAAUGCUUGUUGGUUAUCCGCCUUUUUUUGAUGAGAGCCCAUUUAAAAUUUAUGAAAAGAUUCUGGAGGGCAGGGUGCAAUUUCCGCGUUGGGUGGAGCUGCGGGCAAAAGAUCUCAUCAAGAGUCUAUUGGUGCUUGACCCCACAAAGCGUCUUGGCUCGCUGAAUUGGGGCACCCAAGACGUCAAAAGACACAAAUUUUACAGCGGAGUAGAUUGGGAGGUGCUGUUGCAGAAAAAUGUAGUUCCCCCCAUUCCUGUGCGUCCAACGAAGGAUGGGGAUACACGUUACUUUGACCGCUAUCCGGAAAGUCCCCAUCAUCCGUUGCCUCCGCUAACGGCAAAACAACAAGAGCUAUUUGCAGGGUUUUGUGACGGGGAGUAUACCAGGGCGUAG